AUGUCGCCCAUCUCCCUUGACUCGACCCAGCCCACUGCUGUUGCGCCCUCAAAGGGAACGGCCAAUACAACUGAAGAGGAUCAUAGCAAUGUCAAAGAGCUUGCAAAUACAAGUAAUGACUUUGCGACCAUGCUCCAUCGUGUCCCGUGGACGCCGCCGAUUGCCGUGAGCGCUCAGGGCGUAUACAUCAGUCUAGAGAAUGGGGAAACGCUCAUUGACGGUGUUGGUGGUGCAGCCGUGACCUGUAUCGGCAUGGGUAACCAAAAAGUCACCGAUGCGAUUCAACAGCAGCUUCAGAAGCUUUCCUAUGUAUACAACGUCCAACUCCUCAACGAGCCUUCACUGCGUCUGGCAGACAGACUCAUCGCAUCAUCUGGCGGUGCAUUCGCGCAAUGCUUCUUUGUUUCCGGUGGCUCCGAAGCCAUGGAAGCUGUAAUCAAGCUCGCCCGCCAAUACUAUGUCGAUCAAUCCCCUCCUCAACCACAACGCAAGUUCUUCAUCUCACGACGACAAUCCUAUCACGGCAACACACUCGGCGCAUUACAGCUGUCUUACCAUCCCGCUCGUCGUGCACCGUAUGAAGUCCUCUUAAACCACGAUGCGUUUCAUCAUGUCAGCCCUGCAUACUAUAAGCGUUAUGCAUCAGAAGGUGAGAGUGAGGAAGAAUAUGCCGCACGCUUGGUCAAGGAGGUUGAGGACAAGAUGGAAGAACUCGGUCCGCAAAAUGUCAUCGCAUUCGUUGCAGAACCCGUCGUCGGCGCCACACAAGGACACGGCAUCCUCCUCAUCUACGACGAGGUCAUGUGCGGGAUGGGUCGCAUGGGCUCGACGUACCAUGCCUGGCAAUCUCCCAACUCGUACACGGACGGCAUCCCACCAGACAUCCAAGCGGUCGCAAAGGGUCUCGGAGGCGGAUACGGCUCUAUUGGUGCCGUGUUCUUAAAUCACCGUGUUGCUGAGGGUCUGAGGAGUGGAAGUAAUUAUUUGCAGCACGGGCACACGUACCAAGCACACCCGCUCGCAGUGGCUGCAUCCCUUGCGGUUCAGGACGUCAUAGAGGAACAAAAUCUCCUGGAGCGUGCGCAUCAAGUUGGAAUUUACCUCGAACGACGUCUUCGCGACCGACUUGUUCUUUCCCCCAAUGCAAUCUGCAAGGACUAUGUGUUUGAUAUCCGCGGCGGCGGAUGCUUCUGGGCUAUAGAGCUCCAGGUUCCCGACCAAAGCGUUUACGACAAGUGGUUCAUCGGACGUGGCAAAGAGAGGCUGGGUGGCCGCGUUCAGGCACAGGCAAUGAAGAAUGGCUUGGUGAUUAUUGGCAUGAGCGGUGGUAUUGAUGGUGCCAAGGGUGAUCAUCUCAUUCUUGCACCGGCGUACAAUAUGACCGACGCAGAGAUUGACGAAGUCGUUGACAAACUCGUCUCGUCGAUUGAACAGGUUCUCAACGAGACGGUGCUCUCGGAGUGA